AUGGCUUCAAGAAGAUUUUGUUUAUGGCUUUUAUUUAUGAUUAUCACACAUUCAAUCGGAGAAGAUAUUCGAUCAGUGCAUAUGUCUCUAAUACCUGGCUCUAAAUUUCAAUGUGCCAAUACAACAUGUUUAGCAUUUAUUAAUGUUAUUACAUCAAACAUUAAGAACUGUCAAGUAGCCUGUUUAACUCAACGUCAAUGCAGGGCAGCAACUUUUCAUCGAUCAACUUCUAGUUGUGAAUUAUUUGGUGAUAUGUUGAAUCAAGAUGGAAAUAUGUUGGCUGAUGUGGAUGCUACUAGUAUGGAUGUUAUUAGUGAAACACGAUUUCCAUCGGAACCGACUACGACAUCAACAUCCACAACAACAACAACAUCCUCUACAACAUCAAUAACAACUUCAACAACAUCCUCUACAACAUCAAUAACAACUUCAACAACAUCCUCUACAACAUCAAUAACAACUUCAACAACAUCCUCUACAACAUCAAUAACAACUUCAACAACAUCAUCGACAUCAUCAACAUCAUCAACAACAGCAACAACUACAACAUCCACUACAACAUCAACAACAACUUCAGCAACCUCUACUACAUCAUCAACAACAACAUCAACAACCACAUCCACAACAUCAUCAUCAACAUCAACAUCAACAUCAACAUCAACAUCAACAACAACAUCAACCACAAAAUCAACCACAACAUCCUCUACAACAUCAACAACAACAUCAACCACAAAAUCAACCACAACAUCAACUACAACAUCAACAACAACUUCAACAACAACCACAACAUCCACAACGUCAUCAUCAACAUCAUCAACAACAGCAACAACAGCAAUACAGCGUUAG